GUGAACUAUCCCUUUAAGACUUAUGUAUUUUACAAUGCCAUAAUUAUUUUAAUUUAAAAAGUUAUUAACAUUAAUAUAUAUGAUAGUAUGAAAGCAAAUAAUUAAAUACAAUUAAAUUUAAAUAAUACAUUUGAAAGCAUAAGUCCUAGUUGGCAGUACCAGGAGCAGGUGGGCGGGGACAUCGAAGAGUUGCUGUGUGUCAAGCGCAGGAGGGCGGGGUCAUAUUUAUAACGUAAAGCAGGUGAGCAGGUGCGCUUUUUGCAGACAGGUAACUAGGAUAUUCCUAUCACCAGACCCGCACAGGAGCACUGGGCACCCCGCCGUGACAACACAGGCCAACGUUCAGGGGCAGAAUGGCCAACUUCAAGGGACAUGCACUACCUGGUACAUUCUUCCUGCUGUUUGGCCUGUGGUGGUCGAUUAAGUACCCUUUCCGACAGAUACAGAAAAAAAAACAGAGGCAACGUGGAGACAGAGAUAGACAAAUGCAAAAUGUACUCUUCAACCGCAUAGACUUAAUUGAAGGAGCUCUGAAGAUCUUUUUCGCAUUUGUUGGGAUCAUGGCGGAGCAGUUUGUGCCUGAUGGCCCUCAUGCACAUCUGUAUAAGGACGGCUGGGUGAAGCUGAUGAAUUGGCAGCACAGCACCAUGUACUUAUUCUUCGGCAUCUCUGGCAUCGCAGACGUUCUCAGCAUGUCUUCUCGCCACGUGCCAGUUGGUCUUGACCGUCUCUCCCUUUCCUUGGCUCUCUUUGUGGAAGGGUUCCUUUUCUAUUUCCACGUCCACAACCGUCCUCAUCUGGACCAGCACAUUCACUCUCUGCUUCUGUUUGCGGUGUUUGCUGGAUCCGCCAGCACAAUGAUGGAGGUGUUUAAGCGAGAUAACAUGUUGCUGGAACUUUUCAGGUCCAGUUUGGCCAUCCUACAAGGGACAUGGUUCUAUCAGAUCGGGUUUGUGCUGUAUCCUCUGAGUGGACCAGAGUGGGAUCUGGAAAAGCAUGACAACAUUAUGUUCAUCACCAUGUGCUUCUGCUGGCAUUAUGCUGUGGCUCUACUGAUUGUGGGCAUCUGCUACUGUGGAGUUUUUUGGUCUUCAAAAUGGUGUGAUGGAAGACAGAUAGGCGACAUGGAGAUGGGCCUCAGAAAGUGCACUGCCUCAGACUCGAGCUCCCAGAAGGCUUUGCUCCAGGAAUCAGAUGAAGAGUAGUCGGAGCCUGCGAUGACUGCCAAGAUUGAAUGCACUGAAUGCAAUCUUUUUGCCUUUUUCUAUGCUAGCAAGCUGUCUUCCAUGAAUUUACGUUUGAAUCAUUUCACUGCAAAAGAUUUUCGUGUGCUCAUGCUGAAAAUAUCCCAUCAAAAUGGACUUGUAAAUAAUGUGGUUGUCACAGGUGUCAGAAGCACCUGGAAAAGGAUUUGCCAAACCAGAGGGGGAAAACAGAACAUCAAACGCAUGCAUGUUUGCCAUUCACUCCGAAAUGCCUGUAAUAGAUGCAUAAUAGCACAUUAAAAAUGUUUUAUAAUGAAAUUCAAA